GAAGAAAAGGGCGCCGCGAGUUUGGCUCCAGUCCUUUUCCAUCUCGUAGAGAAAAAACUCCGAUUUGAGGUUUCGUUAGGUGAGAGCUCCGUACCUACAGCAGUGACAGGAAAUUGGAGAAGAUGGCCGUCUUCACCUUCAUCGUGAAGAAGUCCGGUGAAUCAUGGAGCGCCAAGCAGCACGCUGGUGAGCACAAUUUGGAGUCCAGCGCUCCCAGCGCAUUCGAAUUGCAGAGGAAACUCACCAACCUCGCUUUGGAGACCGGCGGACCCAACUCCGUUUCUUCCACUUUCUCUAUGAUCACCCCCACCGCAGCCAUCUACCAGGUUGUUCUUGGUGGAGGAGGUGGUGGUGGCGGCUUCGUCUCCAGCGGAGGAGGUGCUUCAGCUGGUGGUGCAGCUGCAGCAGCUGCUCCUGCAGCAGAGGAGGAGAAGAAGGUUGAAGAGAAGGAGGAGAGUGACGAUGAUAUGGGUUUCUCACUCUUUGACUAAACUUUGAGCUUAUGCUCUCUCUAAUUCGUGAUAGAUACAUGUCAUGUAAAGAUCUUCUAUAGGGGGCGAGUCAAAUCUUUGUGUUGGAUUUAGUACUCGACACAUUCCAAUAUACCUUGCCCAUGAUUGAUUCUCGCAUGGAAAAUUUUGUCCUUGGCUACAACUGUAAGAUCUGCGUUCUUUUGCCCUCAAGGCCUUUUUUAAUACUACAGAAUUGAGAGGUCAAUGUAAUUAGUGCCUCACAUUCUGCUCAAAGAUUUGGUAUCAUGAACUCUUUUUCCUCGCCUGGUGUAUUAAUCUAGUAGAGUGAGCUUUCAAAUAGCCGGAAAGCUCAUGUGAGAUUGUAUAUAGGAACCUGAUCUACUUCGAUCCUCUCAGAGUC